AUGUACAAAUUAUGGGAUAUAACAAGGGGCAUUAUUGAGAAUGUGCUGUUGGCACAAGAAAUAGUGACAGACAUCAGAAAAAGGGGAAAACUAGCAAAUGGAGUGAUCAAAUUAGACAUGGCAAAAGCCUAUGAUAGAGUAUCUUGGUCAUAUUUGAUAAAGGUACUUAGCAGAAUGGGAUUUGCUAGUCAAUUUAUUGACAUGAUUUGGAGGUUGAUUGCAAAUAACUGGUAUUCCAUCCUCUUCAAUGAAGGAGAGUCAUUGAAGAGAAUCAUGAAGAUACUGCAGGAGUAUGAGGCAAUCGCUGGUCAACUGAUCAAUAAAGGCAAGAGUGCCUUUUAUAUGCAUGACAAGAUUUCUGGUGCACUAUCUCAGCAGGUGGAGCAGAUUACUGGCUUUAAAAGGGAUCAAUUUCCAUUAACAUACUUGGGAUGUCCUAUAUUUCAUUCAAGAAGGAAAAAGGGAUACUACAAUGAUCUUAUCAAGAAGGUGAAAAACAAGCUGCAAAAUUGGAAAGGCAAGCUGCUCUCCUUUGGUGGAAAAGCAGUUCUUAUCAAUAGUGUGCUUCAGAGUAUUCCAAUAUAUAUGCUAUCAGCUGUUGUUCCCACAAAAUACACCAUUAAUGAGCUUCAUAAAAUCUUUGCAAGGUUUUACUGGAGUACUAAGGAAGAAGGUAAAAGCAGGCACUGGUCCUCUUGGGACAAGAUUUGUUUGCCAAAAGAAGAAGGAGGAUUAGGAUUCAGAUCUCUAGAUGAUGUGUCUAAGGCGCUUUUUGCCAAACUAUGGUGGAAAUUUAGAACAUCAAAUACAUUAUGGUCAGCCUUUAUGUGGAAUAAAUAUUGCAAGAAGAACAAGCCUACAGAAGUACAGUAG